AUGGUGAGACCAUCAGUCUUCUCUCUUUGCCUGGUGGCAGCAAUGAAUGCGCUCCCGGACUUGCUCUUCAAAGACGUUGUGAUUGUCGGUGGUGGUGCUUCAGGCUCAUACGCUGCGGUCCGCCUUCGUGAAGACUUUGGAAAGUCAAUUACCCUGGUUGAGAAGGACGAAAUCCUCGGCGGUCACGUCGACUCGUAUGUCGACACCAAGACCGGCACGCCUUACGACUUUGGCGUCGAGGCAUUUAUCCAGGCGGGCAACGCGACCGGUUUCUUUGAUCGGCUGGGCGUCAGACGUGGCCGCAGGAUCAAUAUCCCCGUCAACACUACGUAUAUUGAUUUCAAGAGUGGUAAGAUGCUGGACUUUGCUCCGCCCCCGGUCGCCACCCAACUCGAUGCGUUGGCCGACUUCCUGCGAGUCGUUGAGCCUAGCCAUAUUCCCGGAGACCUCCUAGUCCCCUUUGGCGACUUUGUGUCGAAGCAUGGGCUUGACAAUGCGAUGCCACUCAUAUACCAGACCACGGGUCUUGGGCUCGGCAACAUAACCAAUGCAAUUACGCUCUUCGCGCUGCAAGCAUUCGGUGCGUCCAUGGCCCGCUCGGCUCUUGGGUUGCAAGGCGCCUUUGUACCAGCUUCAGGGAGGAACCAGGAUCUAUACGACGCCGUGGCCACCGUCCUCGGAAGUGAUGUCUUGUACGCCAGCACGGUCGUCAGCACCCUUCGUACCAAGCUUGGCGUCAUAGUCACGGUCAAGCACCUGAAGUCCGGGAGGCUCACCUACAUUGCUGCCAGGGCUCUCUUGAUUGCCAUCGAACCGACAGAGGAUAACACCGGGCCGUUUAGUCUGGACCCCGAGGAGAAGCGUACUCUUUCCAAGUUCACUUACACGCGCGAGUAUACCGGCAUCAUCGACAAUACCGCCCUCGCUGCAAACACAAGCUACUUCAGCCUCCCCUCCAAUGCAGCGCCAAACAACUACCUGUCGUACCCUGGGCCCCCAUUCACUGCCCGUAUCGACUGCAUGGGUUCAGGACACUACUUUCGGGUGACUGUCAUCGGCGACGACAAGCUCGAUGACCAAGGUGCGAAGGCUUUGGUGGAGAGGGACUUUAAGACUCUGCUCAAUGCUCAUGUGCUACGGGGUUCUCGCCCCGAAAAAGUCCACUGGGUGGCCUUUUCUACUCAUGGACCGAUGCAUGCAAGAGUGUCAGUCGAUCAUGUCCAGCGAGGUUUCUUCCAGAAACUGUACACAUUGCAGGGAAGACGGUCAACCUGGUGGACUGGCGGCGCGUGGUCCGUCAAUUUCCAGUCGACGCUGUGGCAGUACGACGACAUCAUCAUGCCCAUGAUGCUCCAGAGCUAG